AAAAUAAGAUCAAAUAAUGAAGCAAAUAUUUUGAAAUCCAAGAAGCAAAGAAGGCAUUUCAUCUCUUUCUUUUUCCCAUCAAGGAGACAAAUUUCCUAAACUAAUGGGGCGUUGGAUGAAACCUGAGGUUUACCCUCUAAUGGCGGCAAUGACAUUUGUGACCAGUAUGUGCGUCUUUCAAUUAACACGAAAUUUGAUAAGGAACCCUGAUGUUCGGGUGAGCAAAGCUCGAAGGAACAUGGGAGUGUUAGAGAACCCAGAAGAGGGAGAGAAAUAUGUAGAGCAUGGACUGAGGAAGUUCCUUCGCACUCGACCACCGGAGAUUAUGCCAACCAUCAACCACUUCUUCAGUCGCCAAGAUAAAUCAUCAUGAAUCUUCCCAUUAAAACUCUAAUAAUAAUAUCAUAUCAAAUAGGUAAAAAUUCACGUGCAGUUAUUUUUUAUGUAAAGUUGAUAAUUGAAAAUUGUUAGAUAAUAAUUUUUAAAUAUCAACUUCACACGAAGUUUUCAGCUAUCAAACCUUACUUCUCAUUUGUGUAUUUUACUAUUUUGCAAGCGUCUGUACGUUGUUAGUGUCCAAAAAUAAGAUCAUUUUAGGUAAGAGAGAGGGAGUGUGUGUGUGUUAGUUAACGUUGGUUUAAAUGUAAA